CUCCCCGAAAAGGCGGGUGCCUGGUUUCCUCGGCUCCUGCCCACAUUGCCUUCAUCUCGCUGCGUCGUUACCCGCGGCCUGCCCCUACUGCUCUGCUGCCCUGCCCUGCCCAGACCAAGCGGGCUUGAGCUGUUUUGGAGUGCUAGGAUUAUAACCAACCUAUGGCAUCAGAAUAUGGCCCCGAAUCCUCCCCCUGGAGACCCUCCGAGUCGCUUGCCCACUCAGGAUCGAUGCCCCAACAGCAGCAGCUGUCGGCCCCUGCCGUCCACUCAGAGUCACUGCCAUCGCCAGCCACCUCUUCUCCAAGCGCUAUGCCGCAUCCGCAAGCUGCACCCACAGGGAUCUUUUACGACCCCCGAUCCGGAUUUCACUCGCCUCUGAGUCGAUCGCAGUACAAUCCGGAGUUGCCCCAGCGGGUGACCGUGGCCUUCCAGAAGCUUGUCGAGCUCGGGCUUCACAAUCGACUGGUCAUAAUAUUUGACAAAAUCUGCUUUUCUCUCGAUGAAGCCCUUGGUAUCGUUCACGCCUCGCAAUACAUCAAAGAAAUCGAUAAUACUGCCGAGUCGAAUGAGUCCGAUCUUCGCGAACAAAGCGAGAAGUACAUCGACGUUUAUUUCAACCGAUCGACAGCAUUCCUCAGCCGUUUGGCUUGUACCGGGGCGAUUGCCGUAUGCGAGGCCGUCUGGAAUGGCCAAGUCAGCAACGCCAUCGCACUCAUCAGACCUCCGGGACAUCAUGCUGAGCGUGACGAGGCCAUGGGAUUUUGUGUAUACAACAACGUUGCUGUUGCUGCAAGAUAUAUGCAGCGCAAUUACUCUGUCGGUCGCAUCAUGAUAUUGGAUUGGGAUAUUCAUCAUGGGAACGGCAUCCAAAAUGAAUUUUAUGACGAUCCGACGGUGCUCUACAUUUCCCUGCACCGCUACGAAGAUGCGACUUUCUUCCCAGGGUCGACUGAUGCUAAUUACGAUCGAGUCGGUGGCCCAACGGCAAAGGGAAGAAACGUGAACAUCCCCUGGUCCCGGAGUGGCAUGGGCGACAGGGACUACCUCUACGCCUUUGAAACAUUAAUCAUGCCGAUCGCGCGGGAGUUUGGGCCAGACCUGGUCUUAGUUUCUGCUGGCUUUGAUUCGGCCGAAGGCGACGAGCUUGGUGAAUGCCAUGUGACUCCACAAGGCUUCUCACAGAUGACCUCCCUGCUCAUGGGCCUGGCUCAAGGCAAAGUGGUGCUUGCACUCGAGGGCGGAUACAACUUUGAGUCCGUGGCCAAUUCCUUGGCUGCUUGUGCCAGGACGCUGCUGGGUGAGCCGACAACUAUCCAAGCGUACACCGUAUCGAAUGACGCUAGGCUCAGCGUCCACCAGGCGCUAUUUGAACAGGCCCCAUUCUGGACGUGCCUCAAACAUUCCAACAUCAAGCCCCCGCCCACACCAGCAAAGCCAAAGGCGGCCAAGGAGUCAAGCUCAAAUAAGAUAUCCGUGUCGAGGCCCAUGAUAGACAUUCUGUGGGGGAACUACUCCGACUCCUUGAGAAAACGAGGCUUCAUACCCGUCCGGCUGCAUGAGGAAUGGCAAGGCCGCAAGUACCAAGGCUGCAUCCACCACACUAAGAACCUGCUUUCAUACGAAGGAACAUUGGUUCUAUUCUUGCAUGACAGAUCUUUUAUGCUGGGCCUGGACAGUACCGAUGAUCCUCUUGUCGAGCCAGAACACACCCACGUGAUGGAUUCUGCGCUCCCAUUUAUCGACGCCUUCCUGGAUGCCAAAUACACUAUUAUCGACCUGGGCUUCUACGUUGAUGGAAAGCCGUUCACCGGACAAAUGAAUGCCGCCACUGGGGCUGUAGAAUGUAUAUGGGACCGGUUUGUGAAACCAUCUCCAGCCAGCCGUGUUCUGAUUUUGGCUGUUGGAGCCCUGGCAAAGAGCAUCGCCAUUCUCGCACAAAAUCGAGUGUCAGACUUUGAGUCUCUGGUGUGCGGCAUGGUUCUGGUCCACCGUAACGAUUCAGGAAAUCUGGCACCCGUGCCGCUUUCAAGCACACUGCAACAGGUAACUCGAGUAUUCGCCCCAUCAACACUCCCAAGGGGCCAUCUCCUUGCUCCAAAUACCUAUUCCUUUGGCUUAGCAUCCUACCACUCUUAUCGUACGCUGGAGAGCAUCCAGCAAUCCAGCUUUUCGUUUUUUUCAAAGUGUAUGGAGAGACUAUAUGACCCAUGAUCCGACCCAAAUCCCCUGCCCUCAGUAUGCCUCUACCGCUUUCCAAAGCAGGCGAAGGAAAAGAAGACGAAAAAACAAAUGGCACGCCCUGAAAUGCUUGGUCUAGGACCGCUAUUCGUUCUAACUUUGCGUUUAC